ACGGCCCCGCCGCGGCGGGCCCCCUCCAUCCCUGCACCUCCCCUCCAGCAUUGCUGUGCUCUGUGCAGGGAGUUGGUAGGGAGAGCCUGGGCAGACUUGCCGGGUACCUCCCCAGCUGUGAAAUAAGGAAAUGGUGCUGUCGCUUUCGUGCAGGUCCAGGGUGCUGGUUGCCCUGUAGGGGAGGAGGAGGGUGUUCGCUGGUAGUGAGGUGGUAGGAGAGGCACGAGGGUUUGAUUGGCUGUGUGUGCCAGCAGCACAAGGAAAUGCAAUGGCCUUGGCGUCCCUGGGUUUCGCACUUUCAUUUCCCAGCUCUAGUAGUUAGAUGAAAUAGCAGGUCUUCGUUCGCCUCAGACUGAUGGUCCAAACAGCAGUGUUCUUAAAGAAACGUACAUUAUCUGUCUACAAGUGGCUGGUCGGCAGUAAGUGAAGAUAGUUUUGAUGGACUUCUGAUAAUCAAGCCACAUCCCUCUCCAAGCCCAUUUAAAUGCAGUAGAUGUUUACAGAAGAUGCAGAAGACAGAUGAAAAAUGACCCUGUCUUGAGAGUGAGGCCUGUAUUUGCAUAGUUCUUGGUUAAUUCUGGAUUUUGCUAUCCAAGGAUUAUCUUCCUGGGUCGUGACAAUUCAUUAUCUGUUUGUGUUCAAUGGGGCAACGAAUUCACUUUGUGGUUGACCCUCAGGGUUGGUGCUGCUUGGGCCUAAUUAUCUUUGUCUGGCUGUACAAUACAAUCUUCAUUCCAAAGGUCAUCCUUUUUCCUCAUUAUGAAGAGGGAAAUAUUUCAGUUGUGGCAGUUUUGUGUUAUUACUUCUGCUCAGUGUUUUGUAUAGCUUCAUUAUUUAGAGCCUCAGUAGCAGAUCCAGGAAAACUACCUGAAAAUCCAAAGAUACCAAUUACAGAACGAGAACAUUGGGAGUUAUGUAACAAAUGCAAUAUGAUGAGACCAAAGCGUUCACACCAUUGCAGUCGCUGUGGACAUUGCGUGAGGAGGAUGGAUCACCACUGUCCAUGGAUUAAUAAUUGUGUUGGUGAAGACAAUCACUGGCUCUUUUUACAACUGUGUUUCUACACUCAGAUCCUUAGUUCCUAUACGCUGAUACUUGACUUCUGCCAUUACUACUACUUUUUGCCUCUGAAAAAAGAAAACUGGGAUGUGUUUGUAUUUAGACAUGAACUUGCUCUCCUAAGAAUAUCUGCCUUCAUGGGUCUAAUAAUAUUAGGUGGAAUAAGUCGACUCUUUUACACUCAGCUAGUGGGUAUUUUCACUGACACUACAAGUAUAGAAAAAAUGUCAAAUUGUUGUGAAGACAUAUCGAGACCCCGAAAGCCAUGGCAGCAGACCUUCUCAGAAGUUUUUGGCACUCACUGGAAGAUCCUGUGGUUCAUUCCUUUCAGGCGGAGGCAACCACUGCGAGUUCCCUACCACUUUGCCAAUCACGUCUAAACAGAUGGAUGGUGGGCACAGAUGGGUCCUCCAUGCUGGAAGUGCAUUACAGGUUUUAUGAUAAUAGGACUAUGACAGUCUUCAAGUCAAUUAAAAUCCAGUCGUCGGCAUCAUAGUGUGCCCUGGGCAUUAUUUUAGUUAUGGUCUUGAUUUUAUUCUGAAAUUAAUGCAAGUAAAUUAACUUCAGGCUUAUUUACUUUAAAAUUAGCUUUCCAAAGAGAAUCCUUUUGUCUUCGAGGUUAAUACCAGAAGUAAGCAACUGAAAUGUAGUCUUCCUCCAAUUUGAUACUGACUCUUUUUUUUUUUUUUUUUUUUUUUUUGUUUUUGUUUUAAUUUUUGUGUAGAAAGCACUGAAGUUUAUAUUGAUGGUUAGAUUUCUCACUAAGUGUCUUAUUCUGCCUUGAAAUUUUUUUUAGGGUUUUUAUCAGUAGGUCUGACUGGAUAAUAGUAACAUCUUUUUUUCCUGCUGCAUAUGUUUAAAAUUCCGUGAUUCUGCCAGUUAUUUAUGAUAUGCAAAAGUAAUCCUGCAGCACUGCACUAUAAAAGGUAACAUUUAAAGCUGAAGCAGAGGACUUCCUAAACCUUUCUCAGAGAGGAUUUGUAGAGGCACAUAAAUGUGUGUGUUUACAUAGAGAACAGCUUACAGUUGUCUUCUGGCCUAGAUAUAAUGUUAGUGAAAAGUGUUCAUGUCUUUAUGUAAGUGAGAGGGAUUAAAUAUUUCAGGGUAAACUAUGCAGAUACAAAGCAUGUUUUCCCUAAAUCCCAAGGAUUUGAAUUAGCAAUAAUCAACAAAGAGGUUUUAUGGUGCAAAUACUAGAAUAAUUACUUUUAAAAAAUAUAGAUGUAGUUAGUUAGCAUAAUGUAUCAUAAAGAAGAGUAUAUUGUGAAUAAAGUUAAAAAUUUUAUAUUUACUUUUCUUUAGUCUUGAUUAGCUGGAAUUAGUCUAAGUGUUUGUAUAUUUAAAAUAAAAGUAAUUAAAAUAUUUAUACAUAAAUGUAGAUUUGCUAUUAAUACGAACACUGAAGUAUAUAAGCACGUUUAAUAGGGUACUAUGUUGCUGUAGAUACGUUGUUGUUAUUCUUAAGUAUGGAAGUAGUUAACCAAAGAAAGUGUCUUUCAGAUCUGGUAAAAUGAUAACUAUUUCCAAAGUACCAGCUCGGUCUUCUUGCAUCUCGAAAAGUUAUGUACUUACUUUAGCCCUCUGUAUCUAUACAAAUAUUAACUUCAGAUGAUUGUGAAAACUACUGUGGAUUUCUAGGAGAAAUUCACAGCUCAAGGUUUCCAAUUAUGCUGCUUGCUGUGUGUUUUGAAUAGUCUAACAGGCCUAGGGUCCACCUUAAAUAGCAGCGGUGCAGCAGGACACAAUAAAAGACACAAAGGAUUUAUACAUGUAGAUUUUGCAGAAAGUAAUAGUUUAUUUUUGAACAGUUUUCAGAAAAGAAGGGUAAGAUUUUUCAUGACUGGUGUUUGCAAAACAUUUUAGCCCAACUCUCUUAAAGUCUUAGUACAGUUACUGCCACUGUUAGGUGUCCCUUUAUUGAAUUUACAGAUUUUGAUGAUCCACUGAAAGUUCCGAAAAGUACAUCUUAAAAAUCACUUGAACUUUAAACUUUUGUAAAUGUUUAACAUUUGAUCUAACUUUACUUCUUUUGUCCUAUUAAAAGUUAGGUGCAAUGUUCUGUUAAUUUAAAUGUCAAGGCUAAUGUUCAGCCAUUUUCCUUUUUUUCCUCAUGCCAGUUGUAGUGGGGUUCGACUUCUUUUCAAGUGGUAUUGGCAUAUUGUCAUCAAUAUUUAAACAAAAAGAAGCUCAAAGAAAUGGAUGAGAAGACUGGAGCAGUGCUUGAAAUUGAAAGUAAUGUGAAUAUACAUAAUAAAGUAAUGGCUCUAUUAUUUUCUUUUCCUUCUCCCCACUGUUUUAGUCUCUGGAAAUAAUAUUUACAGGGAAAUAAUAUUUCAUUUCUCAUGCCAAUAUUUAAAUGUUUCAUAAGAAAAACAUUGUACAAGGUUUUUAAUGCUAAUCAAUUAUCAGAGCAGAUUGUACAGUUCUGAACCUUAUUCAGAAAGAGAACCAAGAAUUUAACUAUUUUUAAUAUAUUUAUCAUGGUGCAUAUAAUUGUGUGUUCUGCUUCCCAGUAUUACUGUUUCAGGGUGGAGUAUCAGUUACACUUUCCAGCAAGUGAUGUCUAUGAAAAUCUUUCCUGAUUCUGAAACAAAAGUGAUAAUUUCACAAAUUAUCACAAGUUCUCAAAUCUACUUUUUCUCAGUUUCCUAGUCAUUAAAACUGAUAAUACUCAUCAUGAGGAAGUAAUUUGCAACAUGAUUAAGACUAUUAGUUCAUUUUUGUCCCUUUUCUAAGUAUUUGAGGGACAGAGUGGGGAAUUUGGAGAGUCUUGAUAUUUUAAUAGGUAGUAAACUUUAUUCUUUGAAUGAGAGGCAUCUAAAAUGGUAAAAGUAAUAUUUUUUUUCUCAAUUUAAUUGAAGGACCCUAUCAUGUUAUUAGUUUCUCCAAAUGAUGUUUCUGAAACUAAUUUUCAGAAUGAGUUGUUCCAUCAGGAAAAAUCAGACUUUUAUCAACCUUUAUUUAUUUAUAAUCCUUCAGACCUUGAAAUUCUUGAAUCCUUUGAGCCAUUGCCUUCUUUCCCUCCAAGUGUUCCUUAGGAUUCUUAGUUUUUUAUAGAAACUGCAUUUUUAGGAUUACUUAGUGUUUGUCAUUUUCAUGCAUUUAAAAUAACUUAUGGGCAGCGUUACUAAAUUUCAUGCUAAUACAAUAUCAGAACAACAUAUACUUUUUUGAGGAAAGUGAAUAUUAUCUUCUGACUUGGCAAUAUUUGAUUUCCUGAAAGGCACAAAGAGAACUUGAAGAACCAAUGAAUUCCUCCCAGAAAAUAUUUGAAAGUAGCUAGUUUAUAUGCAGUGUGGGAUAGCUUCUGACCAAAAAUUGUUAACUUGCUAUCUUCUCAUAAUCAGAGAUUUGAGAUUUCAUUUUAAAAAUGCUGAUGUCUAAAAUAAAACAUAAUGUAUUAAAUGAUAUCUGUGAAUCUGUCCUCUGCUCUGUUCCUUUGAAGGAGAGGUUCUAUCAUAUAGCUGUUCUAGUAGUUCAGGUACACAAUCAUUUUCAGUCUUGAAGGAGGAGUUAUGAGUCUUGAAUUCUCAUAUACAUGAAACUUUAAGAAUAAAUUUUCUAUGUAUCUGUCUUUAUUAAUAGACAUAACUUUUAAAAUAUGUUCUGAGCUGUUCUUCAGAUAUUCCUGAGAAUUACUUUAAUUCACUGGUUUAUAAAUACAUGGUUAAUAAAACACCAAGUGGAAUGUCAUGUAUCUUGGUUUAACCCCAGCCAGCAAUUAAGCACCACAAAGCCACUCAGUCGACUCUUCCCCCAGAGCAGGAUGAGGGGGAGAAUUGGAAAAGUAAACAUGUGAAACUCUUGGGUCAAGAUAAAGACAAUCUAUAGGUUUGAUAGGUAAACCAAAAGCCAUACAGGCAAGCAAAGCAAAAUAAAGACUUAAUUUAAUGCUUUCCGUGGUCAGGCAGGUGUUCAGCCAGCUGUAGGAAAGCAGGGCUGCACCACCCAUGACGGUGAGUGGGGAAAACAAACACCAUCACUCCAAACAUUCAUGUGUUCCUCCUUCCCCCAGUUCUAUUUGCUGAGUGUGACACCUUGUGCUUUGGAAUAUCCCUGGAGUCAGUUGGGGUCCCAGCUGUCCCAGCUGUGUCCCCUCUUAACUCCUUGUGCACUCCCAGCCGCCCUGAUGGGAUGGUGUAAGUAGGAAAACAGGGCCAUGUUUCCUUGUGGCUCAGCUGUAAGGAAAGUAUUCCUGUGCUAUCAACACUCUUCCUAGCACAGAUCGAAAACACAGCCCUGCAUUAGCUACCCUGAAGAAAAUUACUUAUUCCCAAACCAGCAGAUCAUGACAGAUCACAUUGUUGUUUGCAUUCAGAAUCCAGGAUAUUUCAUUGUUCAUGUGAUCAUGUUUGGUUUAUGAGAAGCUCUACACAACCUGGUAAUAUGUGCUUUCAGCACAGCAGACAUCCUAAGAAGUGCAGCCAAGAGGUUGAGGGAGGUGAUUUUCUCUCACUAAUAAGUUGAAUCUAAUUCUAAAUUAGUUGAAGUAUUAGGAUCUCAAAAGUAACAGUGUGAUACUGAAUGCUGCUAGGAACUGCUUUUGGGAAGAACAGGUAUUUCUAAACACACAGUCCAUAUUUAGGUAACAUAAUACGUGACUGGAUACUUAGAAAAUGUUCCUCAAAAGAUUUUUGUACUACUGUCUCGGUGGCUGAGUAUUUGCCCUUGGUAGGCAUUGAAAUACUUGUAUUUGUGGACUGCAUAGGAUUGAGAACUGAAAUCCUAGGAUUUCAGUUCUGCUGAAAUUAUCCAGUGGCAUCUUGUGUCUUGGCCAGGCUAUGGCAGAGUGGUUAAAGUCUGUUGUAGCAGCAAGGGCCGUCCAAGUAUCAACUGUAUAACUGUAAGAAUAACUUAACAUUUACAGUGGUUUUCAAGUUAGAAAAUAGGAAUUUUAACUUUUGUGCACUUCUGGGUAUUUCAAUGCUCAUUCCCAGGACUCAUAUCUGCAUGUAUAUCACAGUAGUCUUCAGACAGAAAAUUAUCACUCUGUCUUUUUAACAGGCAGAAAAACAGUACUGAUUUUUAUGAACUAGCAUUCUGAAUUUUGUACCUGAAAUGUGGGCAUGUGAUUGAGUUUUAUUCAUUUGUUCUUAGUUUGAUCUUGACUGUUUUCAAAUAAUGCUGAAUGAAAAUUAUGAGGUCUAACACUGGUUAUGCCUGAAUGGUAAUGUACGAGGUGAAUGACUGAAUAAUAGCAGAAUAAGAAAGCUUACUCUGGUAUUCUUUUAAUCAAAUCUGAAAAUGCAUGAGUGUGUUCAGCUGUUAAACAAUGUAUUUUAAAAAAAAUUAUCUUUGUUAAUUUCAUUCAUGUAAUUUUUUUUUUUAUUUUUAAAAUUGAUUAAAAUUACAGUUUAUUUUUUUUCAUUCCUACUGAGAAUUUUUUUGUUCUGUAUUUUUAUGAAAUCUUAUUUUUAAAUAAAACAAAUUAAAAGUCUUUUUCUCUUCACUGAAUUUUAUUUACAUUGAUUUAAAAUUGUGUAAAUUGUUUACUAAUAUUUUUAGAUCUGUUUGCAGAUUUUUCUAAUUAUGUUAUAAUUUAUUCUCACUUCUGUAUAUUUUUUUAUUGUAACAAGUGAAAAAGCUACAACCCCAAAUGAUUAUUUUGAAAAAAUGAACUGUGAAAAAUUGCUGAGUAGUUGGUGAGGUCCUUACUAUCUGAGCUUUGUUGUUUGCUUUUAAGAGAAGAGAUGAAUGUUGGUGGAAAUAUUGAAAACUUUCUCUAUUAGAAGUAGCCUACCAACUAAUGUUGAUAUACAACACUAAUUAAAGCAUUGUUUAAUUUUCUUGCCUAUAGUUACAGCCAGACUAGGAACCUCUGGUGUAGGUAUUAACUAAGAUCUAUAUAAAUUGCCAUUUUUCAAAUUACAGAAAUAGAGUUUGGGGGUUUUUAAUAUUUGGAUUGUAUUUUUUUUUUUAGAUUGUUCAUCCUUGUAACAGUUUUUAAGAGAGGGAAAUCAUUCUGAAUCAGCAGCCCUUCUGUUUUGUGUACAUGGGAAUUUAUAUCAGAUUUUGAUGCAGAAAAAUUUCACACACUUUGGUCUGUGAGAUACUUUAAAGAUGUAAAAAGAAGUGCAUCAAUGGCCACAGGGAAAACAUUUAGAGAGCAAUAAAAAAGCUGCUGGGUGUGGUGCAACCAGUAGUCUCAGUUUUAGAAGUAUAAGGAAGUUAGACACCUGGGAAGAUCACUACAAGACUAGUAAACCCAAGAGGAAAAAACCAGUGGCUAUGUCUGCAAGGAAAUUAUUAACAUAGCUCAACUGUGUCACUUCAUGAAUCAGGAGGCACAAACUACUUGGUGAUGAUUUGUGGUACAGGCCUUGCAUCUUCUGUUUCAACUCAAGAGUCGGAUUCUGCUAAUAACAGCAAUAAAAAUCACUUCCAUGGCAAUCUUUCCAGGCUUGUAUGAGUGCAUGCGAUCUUUUCAAUAUGUGGAAACUGGGAUCUAUUCCCAGUUGCCCAUGAAAGUAAUUUUAAAAUAUACACUCCAGUAUUUUUAGUGCCUAAGGCUCCUGAAAGUACUUCUUGAUGUGUUGCUCCUAAAAGUAUUUCUUGAUGUUUUGUCAUUUUAUAAACUGAGUGAAACAGUA